CGUCACAAAGCCGCUACAACUGGUUCGUUCCGGUCUUCGUCAGCCAACCAGGAAAGGGGGUUUGCUGUGAUCUGGACUGAGGCGGAUGAGACCAGCGACCAUUGUUCCGUUCUGCCUCUCCCCCCUUUUUUUGCCAGGCUAAAAACACGAGUCGCGAAGCGGCUACCGGCUACCAAACGGAGCUAACGGCACGAACCGGCAGUGUUCGGCGGUUAUUGUCACGCUUUUUGUGCCCCCACUCGACGUCCUCCCAGCCCGAGUGGUGGGGUCCGCUCGGGUUUUUGUCCGUCAGCUGCUAAAUGGAAAUAAAACGAGGAGCUGAAAAUGGCAGCAGUCGAGCUAACGACCUCCCAGUGCAUUACCUCCGCCUCCUGGCCCCGCCCUUGCAGCUACUGUCGGCUGCGAUGUGGCGCGUCGUACAACAGGGACUGGUGGACCACUACGGCAUGCUGGAGGAGUUUGUUACCAUGGUGACGGAGCUGGUCCCCGAGCUCAUGAGCUACAGCCAGAGGGCUCAGCUCACCUUGGGACUCCGGGCCAGGCUGGUUCUGGAGUUGUGUCGAGGUGAGCAGCCGGCGGAUAUGCAGACGAUGCAGCCCCAUCUGGACAGAAUCAAAGCGCCCGUCAGCACAGCCAAGGAUCACCAUAGUACCAUCGACCUGGUGGAGGAGUCCGAGGUGAACUUUGUGGAGCUGGUUCACUCCCUCCUGGAGGACCCAGUGGAGAGGAAGUACUUUUUUGAGGAGAUCUUCCCUGUCUACUUUGGGCCAAAGUAUCACGCAGCGCUGGAGAUGCUGGUGUGGGAGUUUAUAUCCCGGCUGGAGGAGCUGCUCCCGGUCCCGGACUUCACGCAGCUGGCAGCUUUGCUCGGAGACGCUCCGUCCUUCCUCAGCGACUGUUUACAAUCCUUUUUCCCACCAGCGGACAUGAAGGCUCUACUUGAACACCACAGAAACCUUGGGCAUUUUGAGGAGAAAGAUCCGAGGUUAUUGCCGAUGGACGACUGCAUCCUCACCUCCAUGUCCCUUCCUCCGGGGAGCAAAGCCGUCACGGACGCUACCUCCUACCUGCCCGCCCACAGAGACCCGAGGCCCUCGGAGCACCACGCCGGCGGCCCCGAGGCGGCCGCCGGUGACGCCGCGAGCGCCCCGGAGGCGGCGAGCAGGAGGCUUCGGGAAUCCUCCCACGAGGCGAGGAAGCCGAAUUCCUGCGAGGAAACCAUCGACCUGACGACGUCCAACGACCCCGAGCCGGAGGCGCCGGCGGCGAGCGAGCUCAACCUCAGCUUCAGGGGGGGGCGGGCGCUCAGGAAGAGGAGGCUGAGCGGCGGCGUGGACACGCCGGCAAAGCAGAGGAUGGACGCGUCGGCCUUCUUAGAGUCGUCAAUGGAUGAUGAAAAUUCUGGCGAAUCUCCCCUAAUCUCCAUAUGGGGGGAGUAUACAGACGCUCACGAAGGUCCCGCCGCCUCGGCGAGCGACGCCAAGCUUCCCUGGACGGAGGAGGAGACGCUCCACCUACUGGACAUUUGGGGCAACGACUCGAUGCAGCGCGCGCUCAAGGGCUGCCUGAAGAACCGCCACAUUUACGUCCAAAUCGCCCACAAGAUGGCCGAGAGGGGCUUCAAGAGGACGGUGGAGCAGUGCCAGACGCGCAUCAAGCGGCUGAAGAAAGGCUUCCGACAGAAUAAAGGCACCUCCCGAGUGGAACACACCUUUUACGAGCACAUGAAGCGGGUGCUGGGCUCGCCGGCCUCGGCCGCCGCCGCGCCCGACUCGGCGUACGACGUCGACGAGGUGAUCGACGACGAGGAUUCACAAGACGGCGACGAGGACUUGCAGAUUGUGGGGCAGACCAGUCAGGAGAUGGGAACGAGAAACGUGCCAUGGACGGAGGCGGAGACGCUGGCGCUCAUCAACACGUGGGGCCAAGAAAAGACGCAGCAGGAGCUGAGGGGGGCCAACAGAAUCAUGCACAUGUUCCCCAUCAUCUCCACCAAGAUGGCCGCCCAGGGCUUUUCCAGGACCCCCGAGCAGUGCCAGACCAGGCUCAAAAGGCUCAAGUCCAAUUUCAGGCAGUGCUACGAAAACAACAUGAAGGGCCUGGAGCGAGUCCAGUGCAAGUUUUACCACGAGCUGGCGCGUUUUUUACUGAAAGAGCACCGAUCGCCGCCGCCGCCGAACGAGACGUCCGCCGAGACCGACGACAUCGACUCGCCCUCCCGCUCCGUCCCGGAUGUCGUGUCUUUCGUCAGCCUCCAGGACGACAGGAAGAAAGUCCCCUGGGCCGACAAAGAGACCGUCAUCCUUCUGGAGCUCUGGGGAGAGUCCCAAAUCCGUCAAAACGCCAAAGGCUUCCCGCCCAACGUGCACCUUUUCGGCGAAAUAUCGGAGAAACUGUCCGUCCACGGCUUCAGCCGCACCGCCGAGCAGUGCCACACCAGAAUCAAGCGGCUCAAGACGAGCUACUGGCAGUGCCGGGACGGCAUGAGCGCCUCCGGGAGCGACAAGGUCAAUUUCAAAUUUUUCGAUUUGAUGGAGCAAAUCCUGGACAAGCGUCCGUCCACCUCCAGCGCCGCCGCCGUCGCGGACCCCAUCGAAAUAUCGGAGGACUCCGACGGCGACUCUGUGACCGAAACGGACGGAGAAGCGGGACCGUCCGUCGGCUCGUGGCCGGACGACGAGACGUCGGCGCUGAUCGACGUGUGGGGGGAAGAGGAAGUGCAGCGCUCGCUGGUGGGCUUCGUCCCCAACGGCCACGUUUACGCCGAGAUUUCCCGCCGGCUGCGCGACCUGGGCUACGCCAAAACGCCGGAGCAGUGCCACGAGAAAGUCAAGACGCUCAAGAGUAACUUCCUCAAGUGUCACGAAGGGAGGAAAUGCGGGAGGCGAGUGGAUGACAAGUUCUACCACCGGAUGGAGCGAGCGUUCGGCGCCGAGGCGUCCCCGCCGGACGAGUGCGACGAACAAGACGAGCGGGACGGCGCAGCGCCGGACCAGCUGAACGCGCCGUGGGGCGAGCGGGAGACGGAGGCGCUGGUGGAGGCGUGGGCCGCCGACGACGUGCAGCACGGCCUGAAGACGUGCGUCCGCAACGGCCACAUUUUCGCCGACAUCGCCGAGAGGCUGGCCGCCGCCGGCUACGCCCGCAGCGCCGAGCAGUGCCAGGCCAGGAUCAAGCGGCUGAAGAAGACCUACAGGCGCUACUGCAACAGCCGCAGGUACGGUGUGUGGGAAUGCAGCAGCCGCAGAAAUGGCCGAUCCGCAGCCUUCCGCUACUUCAACCUCCUCGCUCCGGUGCUGGGCGACAACUCCCUUUUCACAGACGCCGACACUUCCUCUUCUUCGGCGUCGAUAUCCUUGGCCCCCCUGGACGAAACCUACGCGGACAUCUACGAGCAGCCGUCCACCAGCCACCUGCUGCCCGACCCGAGCAGGAAGACGCCGUGGUCGGACCAGGAGACACACACGCUGCUGGAGAUCUGGGGGGAGGACAACGUGCAGAUGACGCUGAGGGGCUGCCUGAAGAACCGCCACGUCUUUGAAUUCAUCUCGGAGAAGAUGGGCAACCGAGGCUACGCCCGGACUACCGAGCAGUGCUACACCCGCAUCAAGCGCCUGAAAUACGGCUUCCUCCACGAAAAGCAGGACUUCAAGUUCUUCCGAGAGAUGGAGGAGAUCUUCAGUCGGGAUUUAAAGUCCAGCGGCUCGGUCGCGGGCAUCCCGGUGCCGGAUGAGCCCGACAACGGCAUGUUUGAGCCCAUCAGAGAUUUUGUCGUUUCCCCGGGCAGCCAGUGGCUGGCGGACAACUCCAAGCACCCGUGGAGCGACGGCGAGACGGAGGUGCUGCUGAGCAUGUGGGGGAGCGAGGACGUGCAGGAGAACCUGAAGGGCUGCACCAAGAACAAGCACAUCUACAUGCAGAUCUCCGACGCCCUGGCCGACCAAGGCUACCAGCGCACUCCCGAGCAGUGCCAGACCCGAAUCAAGAGGCUCAAGUACAGCUUCCGGCAGUUCCUCGACGGCAGGAGAGGAGACAAGCAGGAGUGCAAGUAUUUCGACCAGCUGGUCAAGGUAUUUGGCGACAAGUACCUCGUGAUCGACCCGCAGCCCGACGAUGCGUCUGACGGCGUAGAGUCGUAAUUAAAAAAGGGCGCAUUGCCGUCGUGCCAAAUUCUGGAGCCACAAGGAGGGAGAAGAAGAAGAAGAAGAAAAAUGAUCACGCGAGACAUUCGCGCUGAAGAAACUGUGACGUCAUCCUCUGCGCCGAUGCCAUAUUCGGGGGCAUCUGGCCCGACGCCCCCAAGCGAAGACGCUCCGAAAGGGACGCGGACAUGCGAGCGCAUCUCCGCAUGAUUGCUGGUCUUCCUCCCGGAACCACUGACGUUUUUUUUCCAAACGUCCACAAUGUUGUUUUUUUUUUUUGUACUUGACAAACACUUCACUUGUCCAAUCUAUUACCUUUCUACUUCAUUUUAUACACUUUUGGUGGAUACAAUUUCAAGUGCUAAAGAGUGAGAUGCAUUCUUCUUUCAUAAUCGCGUCAGACGUCUUAAGCAGAGUUCUAUUUAUUUAAAAACAUGUUGCUGUCUGUGAUCCAAAGUUUUGGAGGUAAUUUAUUUGAUCUUUUUUUUUAUCAAUGGCACUGUGUUUUUCCUGUCCAUGCAUAUAAUCGUUUUUAUCACCGUUUGUCUGAUUCCCUGUGGAUUGCUGUAAGUUGUCAUGUUGGAAUUUCACACUUUGUACAGCGGGAUCAUUCUCAAUAAAGCCUCCGAAAAAGAAAAAAAA